AUGGAAGAAAAGCGACUGUUGGGAGAUUUUGUUGUGAAAUCCGAAAAGAGACAACACCGCGCAAAGCACUGGCUCAUCCUUCCGUUGGUGGCGCUAUUAGGUCUCCUGACAAUUAGAAAUCGCUUCAAAACAUGCCCGUCUCAACCCAAAUCAGAGUAUCUCAAAUAUGAAGGCGAAAACAUCAGCUGGGAAAACUGUGGAAACGUCGAGGGUAUCCCCGUCGAGUGCAGUAGAAUCGAUGUCCCUAUGGAUCAAUUCAACCCAGACAACCCAGCAGAUAAGACCUUCUCCAUCCCAAUCAUUCGUAUGCGGGGCCAAAAUGCGACCCAAAACAUUUUGAUCAACCCCGGCGGGCCCGGAGGAAGUGGUCUUUCAUUGAUGUAUCAAGCUGGUCCUCGACUCAAAACUUUGAUUGGCGAAGGUUUCCACUUAGUGUCUUUCGAUCCCCGUGGAGUGAACAGUUCGACCCCACAAAUUUCAUGCUACCCCGACGCCUCAACUCGACAGCGACUGAGUCCCGUCCGGUCGCGAAACAUCGAAGCGGACAGCCCGGGGGUAUUUGCUUGGACGCAGAACUUCGUGAAAACGUGUAUUGAUACGGCCGGGGAGCACCUUGGCUACGUGAACACCCCGCAGGUAGCCGCUGAUAUGAACAGCAUCAUCGAUGCUCUCGGUCAGAAGGAUAUGUUAUUCUAUGGAAUAAGCUAUGGUACAAUAAUCGGACAAACAUAUGCAGCAAUGUUUCCCGAAAGAUGCAAACGAAUUAUCAUCGACGCUGUGGCGAACGCGUUUGAGUGGUACGGAGAGGGCUUUGAGGGCGCAUCGUCUUUAGUUAACACCGAUGCGGUGCUUGACGGGUUUUUUGGCGAGUGUAUCAAGGACGGCCAAGAAAGCUGUUCUUUAGCCAAACUCGCAGACUCGAAAGAGGAAUUGCGUGACUUGGUGAUGUCAAAAAUGAAGGAGCUUCAACAGCAACCGCUCAGCGUCUAUCUGAACAACACAAACCAUGGACUGCUGACCUUUGAUGAUAUCUGGUAUAGUGGUUUCUUUAAGACUCUUUAUACCCCCCAAAAAUGGGCUGGGCUAGCGGACAAGAUCUAUGAUCUGAUACUAGGGAAUGCGACCGACGCGUUUUUAGCUUACAAUAGCGGCGCACAGAAAUGGACCGUUGACGACACAGAUUCAGUGGUGGAACUCAACGAUGGUCUUCUUACAGGCCCGGGGUACUGGCCUCAAGAUAGACAGUCAAUAUUGGAUCAUAUGUUACUGUUGUUCAACGCUAGCCUGUUCGAUGCCUGGCAGGACAAGAUAUUUUAUCAACGACAACAGUGGACCCUCCCAAAGAGACACUCGUUCACCCCGCCAAAGACAGCCAUAACGGCACAUCCAAUCCUGAUUAUGUCGACUACUUAUGACCCAGUCUGUCCCCUUAUUGGGGCACAUUCUGCCAAUGAAGUUUUUGAGGGCUCUCAAGUUGUCGAAGUCAAGGGCUACGGGCAUUCGACAAUCGCAGUCCCCUCCAUGUGUGUUGCAAAACACAUGCGUGCAUACCUUUAUGAAGGUAAACUACCCGAUGGAUACACGCAAUGCGAUGGGGAUUCACCAACAUUCACCAAUUCGGAUGAAGGCGGUAAGUCGAUUGCCCAGAAAGGCUUUGAACAUUCAGAUGAUCGAAAAAUUCACUUAGCACAGAUGGAGCUCGCCAGGAAUUGGGAAUUCAGAGCACCUCACUUAAUCUAG